UCCGCGUGCGGUAUCCCGUCCUCGGUCCCUAUAAAGGGCGCUAGCGGCCUCCCCUUUCCUUGGGGAUUGGUCUGCCCCAGGGACACAUGUGUGCAGCGCUCCAGCAGCCGGGACGGAGCCAGGCUUUGCCGGAGUGAAAGCAGCCCCCUGCGGAGCUUUGCAGCCCGCCGGGCUGGGGCAGCGAGCGGGGGCCGUAGCGCUCCCGGGGUGCGCAGGGACGAAGCCAGCCCGUUCCCACUCAGGGUCAGCCACUUGCAGGAGCCCCGGCGUGGGUCUCUGCACCUCACAGUUCCUGCCCCCAGGGCCACCACCACCCAUGGAGAGUAAAGAGGACGUCAGCGACUCGGACAGCGGGAUCAUGCUGCACUCAGGCCAGGACAGCCCCGUGUCUCCACUGAAGGACCUGACCCAGGCAGUGCGCAAGCAGCAGCAGGAGCUGGCAGUGCGGCUGGAGGCCUGUCUGGCGGAGCUGAGGAAGCUGUGUCUGCGCGAGGCGGAGCUCACGGGCAUGCUGCCACAGGAGUACCCCCUGAAGCAGGGGGACAGGCCCCCCAAGGUGCGGCGGAGGAUCGGCACCGCAUUCAAACUGGACGAGAAGACAAUCAUCUCGCGAGGAGCGGACCCCCUGAGCACGCUGGAGAGAGACCUGGCCCUGCAGCUGCAGAUUGCCGCGGCCACGCAUCGCCUCUACCGGGAAGAGAACAUCAGCAAGCACAUCAAGAAGCGGCGGAAGAACAUAAUGCUGAAGGAGGAGAAGAAGCUGAAAGAGUUGGAGAAUGCCCUCAAUGAGUGUCGCUUGACAGCCACGCAGGAGCCCAGGGCCAGCAACACAGCCCUUGGCGAGCUGAGUACCUCAGAUGACAGCUCCCUCUCGGAUGCCAUCCUGCUGGAGGAGGAAGAAAUCCAGGCUCCAAAUCAUCGUGCUGCCCAGCAGCUCAUGGUGCCAGUCCAGCCCGGCACGCCACACAGCUCCCCAGCUCUGCCCGCCCGCUCUGCACCUCCCCAGCAGCGUGAGGGGCAGCCACCCAUGCAGGGCGAAGUCCCGGAGCUGGAGCGCUCGCCCAUCCAGAACAGCCCCUGGAAGGAGACCAGCCUCGAUAGGCCCUACGAGAAGCCCAGGAAGCACUCGGCUGAAUCCUGCAGCCUGCCAAGCAGCCCAGCCGGGACACCCGUGCCAGCGCCUGCCCGCAGCCCAGCCGCUCAGAGGACAGCUGAGAUGCCCCCCUACCACUUUGUCCCCAUCCAGACCUUGGCCUUGUGGAGGCAGGCUGGCUCCAGUGGGCCGCCGACCCCAGAGAUGCAGGCGAGGAGAGGGCAAUCCCAGUCCAUGAGGGUGGAUGUGACCCGGGACCGAACGGAGCCCCGGGGGAGGAGUGUGCUGCCAAGACGACGCCCCACCUAUUACACGGUCACCGUCCCCAACUACUGCUUCCCUCCAUCCAAACCCGGCCUGGCCUCCCACGCCAUCUACCACUCCAGUUCCGAGGACAGCAACUCGGACGUCUCCAGCGUCACGUACGCCCCGUCGCCCGGCAGCAGCAGCCCUGACAUCUCCUUCCUGAGGCCGGUGCCCCCGCCAUCCAUGGAGCAGCCCUCGCCGGUGUUGAGGGGCCCACGUUCCGCAGGGCCAGAGGCAGCGUACCAUUACCAGACCCCCCCGAAGCGGCUGCUGCCUCCCAGUUACUUCCCGGCUGGGGAGUAUGUGGCUGGGAGAGAGCUCUGCUGGGGCUACCCCUCUCUGCGGGCUGGCAGCCCAGCUCCGUUCCCCUACGAGCAGGACCUGGUGCAGCUGCGCUGCCAGCGGCUGGGCCCAGCCCCCAGCCGGCUCAUGCGCACCCCGUCCCUCAAGGACUACGCCCCGGGCAGCGGCAGGGCCCUCGCCAGGUCGGCCGUGUCGGAGGAGCUGAAGUCGUGGCACGAGCGCACCAAACUGCGGAACUUGCGGCCCCACUCGCUGGACAGGCAGGGGGCCUUCCGCGUGCGGAACGCGCCGGGCAGGGAGCUGUACGCCUCGCGCUCUGCCGGGCAGCAGGCUCAGGUGUGUCAGAUCCACGUCCUGAAGCGGUCCCCCGAGGGAGCUCCUGUGCAGGUCUAUGUGCCAGAGAAUGGGGAGGUCAUCACUCAGGUCUAGAGCUGGCCUGGGCCUGGUGCCAGGUCCUCGCCAAGAGAGCCCCGCGCCCAGCUGGUGAGAAGAGGCGACAGUGAGCCUGGGCGCAAGGGCUUAUUCAGGAAGCCAGCUGGUUGCCCUGGAGGGGGCUAGCAACGGGGCAGGACCCCGGGUGGACCAGUCCUGACCAUGUUAUUUGAACACUGCCAUUUGUAAGGACUGGAUUUGUUCUGGUGUUGUCACUGUCUCAGAUGUUUCUCUUUGGACUGUGGGGUGCCUCCUCCAAGAACUCCCCUGUCUGUCUGCGAGUUUGUGUGGGCUGCAGCAGAGGAGGGGGCCUGGCUUGGGGCAGGACUGGUUCGGCUGCUGGAUAUUUGCCAAGGGACAGACCUCCUUGCUUCACCGGUGUCAUACAGCUGAUAAGAAGAGCAGCAGUUGUGUUGUGAUCAUGCCAGCAGCUGCUGGGGUGACGGUACUUUGCUAAUAGAGAGACACCUGCAGGAUCAUGUGUUGUGUCAUGGUUCAGUCAAGUGCCAGGGGAUUACCCUCUUGUUGAUUCAGCAUAGAAGCUGCUGGUUUGCCAAGCACCCACCACCUCGGUGCAAAUGGCACAUUCCUGAAGAAUGCAGCAAGGGCUGUCACGAUCACAGUAUUUGGGCAAGUAUCAGAGGGGUAGCCGUGUUAGUCUGGAUCUGUAAAAGCCGCAAAGAAUCCUGUGGCACCUUAUAGACUAACAGAUGUUUUGGAGCAUGAACUUUCGUGAGUGAAUGACAUGCAUCCGACAAAGUGGGUAUUCACCCACGAAAGCUCAUGCACCAAAACGUCUGUUAGUCUAUAAGGUGCCACAGGAUUCUUUGCUGCUAGUAUUUGGGCAGUUGGGGAAUGGGAGGAUUUGACUGGUUGCUAGUCUUGUGCAGACCCAUAAACCACUGCACCUCUCUCACAGGUACAUGUCUUGCCCCUUUCUAGGCUCUAGAGCCUUCUCUUCAGUUGUAUUGAAGAGAGAAGUCAAAGGAGGCCGUCUGCCCAGCUGUGCCAGCAGGAGGCACAGUUUACAAUUGUACUUACCUGGCUCCCGCCUUCUAAGACCUUGUGGCUUGAAACCUGGAGAAUACCACCCCACUGUACACACUGGGCAUUGGUCAGAAUGAGUGACUGGGCAAAGUCCUACAAGGAGUCAGUGGUAGACGAUGUGGGUUCAAACCCUGCCUCCAACGCCCACCACAGCAAUCGACCCCCAAGCCCAGUCGGGAGAGGUGAACAGAACAUUGGCCAAGGAAUCACGAUACAGUAGAACCUCAGAUUCCCAAACACUUUGGGAAUGGAGGUUGUUCGUAACUCUGUAAUGGUCAUAACUCUGAACAUAAUGUUCUGGUUCCUUCAAAAGUUUACAACUGACUCUUGACUUAAUACAGCUUUGAAACUUUAUUGUGCAGAAGAAAAAUGCUGCUUUUAACCAUCUUAAUUUAAAUGAAACAAGCACAGAAACAGUUUUUGUACCUUAUCAGUUUUUUUAAACGUUCCCUUGAUUUUUUUAGUAGUUUACAUUUAACACAGGAUUGUGCUGUUUAGGCCUUUUUUCCCUUGUGUGUCUGCUGCUGCCUGGUUCGUACUUCUGGUUCUGAAUGAGGUGUGUCUCAGCUCAUACCUCGAAGUUGUACUGGAGUUGCCAAGUCCUUGAGUGACCCAACUAUUUGCUGCCUUUGCUUGUGCGCUUGGCGCGGUGCUGGGAUGAAAGGGCUGGUUUUCUUCUGCAGUCGAACACAGAAUUGGCAUUUGCUUCCUUUGAGGCAUGUGUGUCCAGGCACCUGGCUUUUCCCACAUGCCGUUUACCAGGAUGUGCCAUAUGCUUCCUGUACAAACAUGCCCCAGCGACUUCCUCCUGCUUCAGCCACCUGGGGCGCCCUGAACAUUGGCUGCCCAGGUACUUACAGGCCCUUCCCACUGCAGUAUCUGGGUGCUUGGCAGUGCCCCCGGCAGGUACCAGCACCAUUGUAUAGGGUGGGAAUUGAAGCCAAAGAGACUAAGCACGAGAUCCCUUUGCGGAG